AUGUCGAUGGCAGGACCAAGCCGCCUGGGCGUACGCUCUAGAGCGGCUCUCACGCAGAUCUCGGUGACACAUCGACGAGCCGUGUCUCGCUCUGCUGCGCUUGCAAAGCCGUUCGUACCCACCAGCAGCGAAGCAAGCACACACCCGCACGCCGGCCCAUUGAUAGGUGCUCACGCAUCGCUUCACGAACAGCAGCGGCAGCGCGCUCAACAGCGAAUCUCGGACAUCGAUGCACGCUUCGCUGCGCCACCGUCGCCCGUGUUGCGCGACCGUCAUGCGCGCCAGCACACGUAUCUGCGCAUCUCGCUCACCGAAAAGUGCAACCUGCGCUGCCUCUACUGCAUGCCCGAGGACGGCGUACCGCUCACUCCGUCCGACAAGCUGCUCUCCACCGCCGAGAUCGAGCGUCUCGCCGCGCUCUUUGUCUCGCAGGGCGUCACCAAGAUCCGACUCACGGGUGGCGAGCCCACGGUGCGCUCGGACCUGCCGCAGAUCGUUCAGUCGCUUGCAGCGCUCAAGCAGCACGGCCUCGAGCAGAUCGGCAUCACCACCAACGGCAUCGCGCUCGGAAGGCGCAAGCUCGACACGCUGGUGAAAAACGGUCUGACCCACCUCAACGUCUCGCUCGACACGCUCGAUCCGUUCAAGUUUGAGCUCAUGACGCGCAGGAGGGGCCACGACGCCGUCAUGGACUGCAUCCACAGGGCGCUUGCGCUCCGCAUGCAAAGCGUCAAGAUCAACGUCGUCGUCAUCAAGGGCUUGAACGACCACCAGGACGUGCUCGACUUUGUCCGCCUCACCAAGGAUAUGCCCAUCACCAUUCGCUUCAUCGAGUACAUGCCCUUCGACGGCAACAAGUGGCAGGUGAACAAGCUGGUGCCCUACCGCGAGCUCGUGCAGACGAUCCAGGGCGAGUUCCCCGACUUUGAGCGUGUGCCGAGGCGCGAUGAUCCCAACGACACUUCCAAGCACUGGCGCGUGCCCGGUCACCAGGGCACCGUCGGAUUCAUCACAAGCAUGACGGACAACUUUUGUGGUACGUGCAAUCGACUCCGCAUCACCGCGGAUGGUAAUCUCAAGGUGUGCCUGUUUGGCAAUGCCGAAGUAAGCCUGCGCGAUGCGAUGCGCACGGGCUUCGAGCGCAUCGGCACGUUGAGCGGCGGCUCCCACGGUGCGCCGGCGAGCGACGAGCAGCUGCUGCAGCUCAUCGGUGCGGCGGUGGGGCGCAAGCACGCCAAGCACGCCGGCAUGCGCGACCCCACCGAGCUCGCCAAGUCGCUCAACCGGCCCAUGAUUACCAUCGGCGGCUGA